GGAGAGAAGAGGAGGGAGAGCUAAGCUAGCGUCUGGUUUUUAACUCCCGACAGGCAGCAGCACACACGACGCACCAACCAGCGACAGCAAGCCAAAGAAACCCAGAGUCCAGACCAAAGACCUCAGCUCACACCUUCCCCCCCCUCUCUCUCUCUUGGACUAGACUAGCUGCAGGCUCCUUGCUCUUCGUGUUUGCUGCUUCAGCUCGCCUAGCUUGUCGCCGCCGCCGGGGUCACGUCCGUACGGCUGCUUGGUGCAAGCCACCGGUGGCCGGUCACCGGACAAAAAGAAACUCGGCGCCGCGCUCCCCUCUGCCAUGAGCGAGGGCCGCCACUGAAUAAAGCUCCUGCCUCCCGUGGCGCGUGCAGAGGAAGGACACCCACCAACCAUGGCGCAGCAGACGCCGGCGAUGAGCUCUGCCCUCGCCGCCGCCGCCGCCGCGGCGCCGUGCGAAGGGGAGCGGAAGGCGGCGACCAUCAACGGGGAGCUGUGGCACGCGUGCGCGGGCCCGCUCGUGUCGCUGCCGCCGGUGGGCAGCCUCGUCGUCUACUUCCCCCAAGGCCACAGCGAGCAGGUAGCAGCUUCUAUGCAAAAGGACGUUGAAGCACAAGUGCCAAACUACCCUAAUCUUCCGUCGAAGUUGAUAUGUCUUCUCCACAGUGUUAUUUUGCAAGCAGACCCAGACACUGAUGAAGUUUAUGCCCAGAUGACUCUCCAGCCCGUAAAUACAUAUGCGAAAGAGGCAUUGCAGCUGUCAGAGCUUGCACUAAGACAAGCAAGGCCACAGAUGGAGUUCUUUUGUAAGACCCUGACAGCAAGUGAUACAAGCACACAUGGAGGUUUCUCUGUGCCUCGUCGUGCUGCAGAGAAGAUAUUCCCUUCCCUGGACUUCUCUUUGCAGCCUCCUUGUCAAGAACUGCAAGCAAGAGAUAUACAUGACAACAUCUGGACAUUUCGUCAUAUAUUCCGAGGUCAGCCCAAAAGGCAUUUACUUACUACUGGUUGGAGCCUCUUUGUGAGUGGCAAGAAGCUAUUUGCUGGCGAUUCUGUCAUUUUUGUUAGGGAUGAAAAGCACCAACUUCUACUAGGAAUCAGGCGAGCUAAUCGGCAACCCACAAACAUAUCAUCUUCAGUACUUUCAAGCGAUAGUAUGCACAUAGGGGUCCUUGCUGCAGCUGCCCAUGCUGCUGCCAAUUCCAGUCCAUUUACCAUAUUUUACAACCCUAGGGCCAGUCCUACUGAAUUUGUUAUCCCAUUUGCCAAAUACCAGAAGGCAAUGUAUAGUAAUCAGAUCUCUUUAGGGAUGCGCUUCCGCAUGACGUGUGAGACCGAGGAAUUAGGGACCAGAAGGUACAUGGGUACGAUAACCGGAAUAAGUGACCUAGAUCCAGUGAGAUGGAAAAGUUCCCAGUGGCGCAGCUUACAGGUUGGCUGGGAUGAGUCAGCGGCAGGCGAAAGGAGGAACAGAGUUUCAAUCUGGGAAAUUGAACCACUUGCUGCUCCAUUUUUCAUAUGCCCCCAGCCAUUUUUUGGUGUGAAGCGCUCUAGACAAUUAGAUGACGAGUCAUCAGAGAUGGAAAAUCUUUGGAAGAGAGCAAUGCCUUGGCUUGGUGAGGAGGUGUGCAUAAAAGACGCUCAAACCCAGGGUGCCACAAUACCUGGACUGAGCUUGGUUCAGUGGAUGAACAUGAACAGGCAGCAGAGCUCCUCAUUAGCUAGCACGUCCAUGCAGUCCGAGUACCUGCGAUCUGCAAGUAACCCUGCAAUGCAAAAUUUUGGUGCUGCCGAUCUUGCAAGGCAGUUAUAUAUGCAGAACCAUCUCCUUCAACAGAACAACAUACAUUUGAAUUCUUCCAAGCUCCAUGAGCAAGCGAAACCUGUCAAUGAUUUGUGCAAAGAAACACUUCCGUUGGAUCAACUUGGUGCCAUCAGGAAACAACAAGAUCAGAACCAAGAUGGUGGCAGCCAGCAAAGGCAACAACAGUCCAGUAACCAAGUAAUUCCCUUAAGCCAGGCUCAAACAAAUAUUGUCCAGGCUCAAGUAAUUCUCCAGAAUCAGAUGCAGCAGCAGCAGCAGCAACAACAACAACAACCAUCUCCAACUCAAAACCAGCAAGGGGCCAGUGUCCAGCAGCUGCUUCAGUCCCAUCAACAGCAGGACCAAAAUUUGCAACUGCAGCAGCAGCUUUUACUUCAGCAACAGUUAAAGCAGCAGCACCAACAACAACAGCAGCAGCAGCAACAGCAGCUAAAUAAGUUGCCUGGACAGCUAGUUAAUCUGGCGAGUCAGCAAACAAAGUUGUCAGAUCAAGAACUCCACUUGCAGCUGAUGCAGAAACUACAGCAGCAUUCACUGAUGUCGCAAUCUGCAGUUACACUGUCACGACUACCACUAAUCCAAGACCAGCAGAAGUUUCUUGUGGACAUGCAACAACAAUUGUCGAAUUCGGAUGCACUUGCGCAACAAGUAAUUCCCCAACAACAAGAACGCAGAACUUCAUUGCAGACAACACAAGUGCCACCGCCCAUGCAGCAAGAGCAACAGCAACAGCAUAAGCUUUCACAGAAACAAGUUGCACCUGCAGAUGUUUCAGAAGCUGCUUUUACACCGAUCUCAUCGUCCAGUGUGAUGUCAAAAACUGGAAACACUAAGAUAAUUUCACGUACUGCACAGUCUGCACUUACAGAAGAAAUGCCUUCUUGUUCGACAUCACCUUCCACAGCUAAUGGCAAUCAUUUUGCACAGCCAAACAUUAGCAGGAAUGAGCAUUGCAGGAUCAGUACGGAAAAGGUGCCACACUCUACUGCUCAAAUGUUUAUUCCGACCUCCAUUGAAGCUGUAACUCCAAUAAUAACCAAGGAAUUACCGAAGUUGAAUAAUAAUGUUAUUCCAAGUGUGACCACCUCGAAAUUACCAAAUGGUGUGUCUGGCCUUCAAAAUUUCAUGAACAAUGUUGUGCCAACUGAUAACCUGGAAACAGCUUCAUCAGCAACUUCAUUAUGGCCUUCCCAAACAGAUGGACUGUUGCAUCAAGGUUUCCCCAGUUCUAACUUCAAUCAGCAUCAGAUGUUCAAAGAUGCACUUCCUGAUGUAGAAAUUCAGGGUGUGGAUCCAAGUAGCAGUGCGCUGUUUGAGAUGAACAAUGAUGGCCCAUUGGGCUUCCCAAUUGAAACAGAAGGCUUGUUGGGAAAUGCACUUGAUUCUGUCAAGUAUCAAAAUUAUAUCUCAACUGAUGAUGAAAACAACUAUCGGAUGCAGAAGGAUGCUCGUCAAGAGAUAUCAACUUCUAUGGUUUCGCAGUCAUUUGGUCAGUCAGACAUGGCUUUUAAUUCCAUCGAUUCUGCAAUCAAUGAUGGUGCCUUAUUGAACAGAAAUUCUUGGCCCCCUGCCCCUCCACCACAGAGGAUGCGUACAUUCACUAAGGUGUACAAACGUGGAGCUGUAGGCCGGUCCAUUGACAUUGGUAAGUACUCUGGAUAUGGAGAAUUAAAUCAAGCUUUGGCCCGCAUGUUUGGUAUAGAGGGGCAACUUGAAGACCGACAGAGAAUAGGAUGGAAGCUAGUCUACACAGAUCAUGAGGACGAUGUCCUACUUCUCGGCGAUGACCCAUGGGAGGAGUUUGUGAAUUGCGUGAGGUGCAUUAGGAUCCUGUCCCCUCAAGAAGUGCAACAGAUGAGUUUGGAUGGUGAUCUGGGGAACACUGUCCUUCCCAAUCAGGCUUGCAGCAGCUCAGACGGCGGGAAUGCUUGGAGGCCCCGUGGUGACCAGAACUCCAGGAACCCUUCUAUCGGCCCCUUCGACCAAUUCGAAUGACCAUACUUAGAGGUGCAUUCACAUAGUUGCCAUGCCUUGUUAACAUCUUGGCUAAAUGGAGGUAUCAUAUUCGCUAUUUGUCUUUCACCAGUAUUGAUUCAUAGGCACCGAUCAGAUCAGAUCCACUACAGCCAUACCUGCAAAAGCAAUGCAGUGAAGAAUGUAAUGUAGAUGUGUCAGCUUAUAGCUGUGAGGCAAAAUGCUCCUCAGAUUAGGUUUUCUUUUGGAUAUAUGUGUAGUUUUAUCAGUUGAAACUAGUAGGUAUGAAAACUGGAACUUACCUAGAGUGGCUGGGACUUGAGACAGAGGGUUAGGCAACUUUCGAGACAGCUUCUUCUUGGGAAGAACAUUUUUACGGAGCUAUUACUGGGGUUGUUUGUAGCCUUAGCUAAGAUGACCAGUCUCAAAAUAGAAGCUGUUAAUUUUACCACAUGUUUUUUGAAACUGCUACAGCAAGAUAUUAUGCAGUUAUACUGCC